UUAAAUAUUAUAAAUGACAAUGUCAAUAAAAUUAUUAAUAUUUUUUCAAUUUAAUUAAUAUAAAUGAUAAUUUAAUUGUUAUAAAUUGAUAAAUAGGGAUUAAAAUAGUUUUUAGUAGUUUAGCCUAUAUUAAUUUUAAAGGGCCCUUAUUUAACCCGACCCAUAUUUACUUAAGCAUGACCGGCCCUUAUCUGGGCCAUUGAACACCCUUAACCCCGACUCAUGCACCAGAUGACAAUACAUGGUUAUGCAAUAGAAUCAUUUUCAUUUUCCAACCACUACUUCAAUUGGGAAUAAUUCUGUACUUCUGCUGUCUACACCAUCAUUCGAUUCAAAUUUUCCUUCCAUAAUCCAAAUAAUCUCCUGGAAAAACAAAAACCCAUCUCAAUUCUUCCACCAAACUGUAAAUUAACUUCGAACAACAACAAAAAUGGAGUCAAUUGGUGUACUAUUAGGAGUUUCAAUGAAUGAAUACUUGGAACAACAACUUAGCAAACGCUAUAACCUCUUCCGUUUCUGGAACUUUCCAGACAAAACCCAAUUCCUCUCUCAAAACGCCAAUUCAAUCCGCGCCCUUAUUGUAAAUUCCUUUAUUAGUGCCGACGCUUCCCUUAUUGACGCUCUUCCGAAUCUCGAAAUCGUCGCUACUUUCAGCGUUGGACUUGAUAGGGUGGAUUUGGGAAAAUGUAAAGAAAAGGGGAUUAAAGUUACUAAUACCCCUGAUGUGUUAACUGAUGAUGUUGCUGAUUUAGCAAUUGGGCUUAUGCUUGCUGUUUUGAGAAAGAUUCCUCAGUGUGAUCGUUAUGUUCGAGCUGGAUUGUGGAAGAAAGGGGAUUUUCGAUUGACUACUAGGUUCACCGGAAAAAAGGUUGGAAUCAUCGGUUUAGGCCGGAUUGGCGCUGCAAUUGCCAAGAGAGCUGAGGCAUUUGACUGCCCCAUUGCUUACCACUCUAGAACAAAAAGGCCAGAUUCUAAUUACACUUACUAUCCCAGUGUCCAUGAACUCGCGUCCAAUUGUGACAUUUUAGUAGUUUCCUGUGCCCUAACGGAAGAAACAAGACAUAUUGUCAACCGUGAAGUCAUCGAUGCAUUGGGGCCCAAAGGUGUCCUGAUCAACAUCGGAAGAGGCCCUCAUGUUGAUGAACAAGAGCUUGUGAAAGCCCUAAUUGAAGGUCGGUUAGCUGGGGCUGGGCUUGACGUCUUUGAUAAUGAACCUCAUGUUCCCAAAGAAAUGUUUAAACUUGAUAACGUAGUAAUCUUGCCUCAUGUAGCUAGUGGGACUGUCGAGACACGAACCAACAUGGCUAAUCUUGUUCUUGGGAACUUGGAGGGUCAUUUUAAUGGAAAACCACUAUUAACACAAGUUGUAUGAAUUUACGAUGUUAUGUGGUUAGGCCGGCGUCCUUUCAUUAUAUCGCGAAUCGAAUAUAUUACUCGAUUACCAUCUUUGUCGAGCCAGAAUACAUUACGGUUAGAUAAGAUUUUCAACAAAAUGCCCUGAAAUAAGAUACAAAUUGGAUUUUAGGA